UCUGUGAUGAGAUAUUUACUGCCGACAGCAGCCGUAGGACACUUUUUUUUGUUCAGGCAUAUUUUGGGAACCCUCUUGGACCUUCGUCAACCUGUUAAAGGACCUCAGGAUGUCCAUGCUUGCUGAGCCUCGAAGGAAACUGAAGUGGUCUGUUGACCCCAGGAACAGCACCUGGAGUAACGAUGACUCCAAAUUUGGCCAGAAGAUGCUGGAGCGAAUGGGAUGGUCCAAGGGCAAGGGACUGGGAAGGAGUGAACAAGGCUCAACUGACCAUAUCAAAGUGAAAGUUAAAAAUGACAGCUAUGGGCUCGGAGCAAAUGCCAGCUAUGAGGAUAACUGGAUUUCCCACCAAGAUGAUUUUAAUGAGCUGCUUGCUCAACUGAAUAACUGCCAUGGUCAGAACAACAGCACUGAAACUCCACCAGAUGAGCAGAAAGGCUUCAGUUUGGAAGAGAAAUCCAAGACCUCCAAAAAUAGGGUUCACUACAUGAAAUUCACUAAAGGAAAGGAUCUGUCCUCCCGUAGUGAAACAGAUCGUAACUGUAUCUUUGGCAAGAGGGCUAAAUCUGCAAAAGUCCAAGAUCAGGAGAGCAACAGCAGUGACUCCCAGGGUGAGAUGGAGGACAGCGUGAUUCCUGAUACUUCUGAACUGGACCCAGAAUCUAUCACUAAGACUGUGAAGAGUACUCUUACUAUGCAGGAGUAUUUUGCACAGCGUAUGGCUCAGUUGAAGAAGGCUCGUGGGGCCCAGAAUGCAGAUACGUCCGAGACAUCAAAUGCAUCUGAGGAACCUGGUCUUAGCCACAGCAACAAUGAUGACACAGAAGAGCCCAAAAAGAAGAAGAAGAAGAAAAAGAACAAAAAGGUUGCAGAAGAGCAGUGUAACACAGCCACUGUAGUAGCGGACAAAGAGGAUCAGGAGAAGGAAUGUUCAAAGAAAAAAAAGAAAAAGAGGAAAAUGGCAGAAAAUGAAGCAGCUAUAAAUGAAAACUGUAGCUCCACCUGUAGCACAGAGUCAAAUUGUGAAGAAUUGCCCACCAAGAAAAAGCGUAAAAAACACAGCGAAGAAAGUGAGCUAUUAAAAGGACACAAGCCAACAGAGAAUGAUACGGUAGAUUCGAGUAGUAUUCAGAAAAAGAAGAAACACAGAGAGGAGGUGGACAGUGUAGUAAGAGAGGAGAGGAAGGAGGAGCUGGUGGAAAAGAAAUCCAAAAGGAAAAGGAAACAUCAAGAGCAGGGUCUACAUUAAGGCAAGGUGAAAUGCGUUAGGGUUCAGGGUUACUCAGUACUGUGCUCUUGUCCUGAAGAUUCAUAUGUCAGGGAUAAACACCUUUGUAUUAUGAAAUUAAAUGUCUUGUACAUAAACAGUGUAAUAUUCUGUUAAAGCAUCCUGUGAUGCUUUUUUUUAAAACAGUGAUUGGGGGAGCUGCCUACCUUGACGCAGCCUAUAAAAGGCCUCAGCCUUGCACUGGUGGCCUCUGGAACACACCGCUGUAGGAGGAGGUGGUUUAACCAUCUUGCUAACAGUGAGAUGAGAAUUAAAAAUACUAUCAUGGCUCCGUGGGAAAUACAAAACUAGAAAAAAAGUGUGCAGCUUCCCAUAACCCCCCUAAUAUGUUACUUUUACACUGAUUUUGUACAAGUCAGACAGGUAACAUCAUGUGUUUUUUUUUUUUAGCUUUGCUGAAACACUGUUGUUACUUUCAGAGAUCUGGGUCAGCCAUUUCCCUGUUUCCAGUCUUUAUACUAAGCAAGGCUAGCCUCAUAUUUACUCCACAGAUAUGAAAGUGGUGUUGAUGUUCUCACUGAGCUCGUGGGAUUUUUUUAAUCUAUUAUUAUUAACAAUGCUCUCUGCAACAUCAAACGUAUUAAUAUAGACAUCUGAAAUUUACAUUAGAUGUCUUCCAACCCUCUUUAAAAAAAAAAAAAAAAAAAGGUGAAAAUUAUGUGCUGCAUUCUAUAAAGUCUCAUCUAA